AUGUGGACUCCUGAGAGUGUCACGUCGAGCAACUCGAGUGAGAGGCUCGACUCCGCAUCUGAGGUGACCGAGCCACUGUCACCUAAUCACAUUGAAGGAGUAGGCUCGUUAAAUCGAGACGAUGUAGCCAUUAUCGGCAUGUCCUGCCGUGCGGCUGGAGGCAAUAACACACCCGAGAAACUAUGGGAAUUCCUUAUGGACAAGAAAAAUGCCUCGGGUGAGGUCCCACGCUGGAGGUGGGAGCCAUGGUUGCGCCGUGAUGCCCGCAAUGCUCGGGAGCUAGAGAAAGCUAUUGACAGAGGUUAUUUCAUCGAAGAUCUCGAGAACUUCGAUGCCUCAUUCUUUGGUAUCUCCCCCAAGGAGGCAGAGCAAAUGGAUCCUCACCAGCGUCUGGGGCUGGAACUCAGCUGGGAGGCUCUGGAGAAUGCCGGAGUUGAUCCCAAAGCCCUCAGCGGAUCCGACACAGCAGUAUUUAUGGGUAUCGACACAGACGACUACUCACGUCUGCUAAUCGAAGACAUCCCCAACAUCGAGGCUUGGAUGGGCAUUGGUACUGCGUUUCAUGGUGUGCCAAACCGUAUCUCCUAUCACCUGGAUCUGAUGGGCCCUAGCACGGCAGUCGAUGCUGCGUGUGCUUCGUCAUUAGUGGCUAUUCACCUGGGUCGCCAAGCCAUCUUGAACGGCGAGUCUGAGCUCGCCAUUGUUGGCGGCGUUCACGUUUUAGUGGCCCCAGGUCUGACGUGCAUGCUGGGCAAGGCCGGAGCUCUCAGCCCAGACGGCAUCUGCCGUUCAUUCGACGAUGCAGCAAACGGCUAUGCUCGAGGUGAAGGUGGUGCCGUUGUCAUCCUGAAGCGUCUUUCGGCUGCCGUUGCCGACGGGGACAACAUUCUUGCCGUUUGCAAGGGAACUGCCGUUGCCCAAGACGGAAAAACAAAUGGCAUCAUGGCACCAAAUGCAAAGGCGCAGGAGCUUGUCGCGCGCCAAGCGCUCGCAAGAGCUGGCAUCGACCCGCGGACCGUGGGCUAUGUUGAGGCCCACGCGACUUCUACUCCCCUAGGAGAUCCUACGGAGAUCUCCGCCAUUGCUGCAGUAUACGGAUCUGGGUCAGGAAGACCACGUGAUGAGCCCGUCAAGGUUGGUUCCAUAAAGCCCAACGUGGGUCACCUAGAAGCUGCCGCUGGCGCUAUUGGCGUGGUCAAGGCGAUAAUGGCCAUGAAGAAGGGCAAGAUACCACCACAGGCUUUCUUGACCAAGUUGAAUUCACGCGUCGACUGGAAGAACUCAGGGCUCCACGUUUCUCCUGAAGUCAUGGACUGGGCUAGUGAGAAGGGGCCAAGAAGAGCUGCCAUCUGCUCAUAUGGAUAUGGUGGAACAGUCUCGCAUGCUGUUAUCGAAGAGUUCGUUGAUAGCACCGUCAAAAACACAGAGCAGCUGCAACAAACGGAACCAAAGCCUGUAAUCCUCACCAUCUCGGCGCAGCAGGAGAAAAGGCUAGCUGCGCAGGCUCUGAAUCUUUCCGAGUGGCUCAGUACCCCUGAAGGCAAAGGAACGGAUUUGGCAGCUGUCGCCCGCACUCUAGCACUACGUCGCGCUCACCAUGACUACCGUGUUGCAUUUGCUAUUGGUAGUCACGAAGCGGCCAUCGAUGAACUCAAGAAGUUUGCCGCGGGUUCUGAGGAAAGCUGCGACAACAGCCCUCGCGGGAGGGUACUCCAGACCGGCAAUGGCCUUGCUAGACAUGCCGUUUGGGUCUUCUCUGGUCAUGGCGCUCAAUGGACCGAUAUGGGCAAAGAGUUGCUACAUGAGGCCCACUUCCGAAGAGCCAUCAAUGCACUUGAUCCAGUAUACGUGAAAGAAGCUGGCUUUUCACUUAUUGGUGCUCUUGAAAGUGGCGACUUCGAAUCAUCCGAGCGCGUUCAAUCUUUGACCUAUGCAAUGCAAAUCGGUCUGAGCCAAGUGCUGAGAUCGAAGGGGCUAGAACCUCAAGCAGUCAUCGGCCACUCUGUAGGUGAGAUUGCCGCCUCCGUCGUUGGCGGUUGCCUCACUCCAGAAGAAGGCGCAUUGAUCGUCAUUCGUCGGGCGAAAUUGUACGGAAGCAUCCGUGCUUCAACUAUCGGAGGUAUGGCACUCGUGAACCGGCCCUACGACGAGGUUACAGCCGAACUUGGGAAUAACCCCAAUCUGUCUGCGGCAAUCGACUCUUCCCCCUCGACCUGCGUCAUUAGCGGCGAAGAGGCAGCUGUGCAGCAAUAUGUAGAGACACAAAAAAGCCGGGGCGUCAAAACGUUCCGAGUCAAGACGGACAUUGCCUUCCACAGCCCUAUCCUUGAACAGCUUGCUGCGCCCCUCAAGAAAGCAUUGGCUGAAUUGCAGCCAAAGAACUCCAAGAUACCAGUGUACUCGACGUCGAAGAGCGACCCUCGAACACCAGCUCUACGAGACACAGAAUAUUGGGUUAACAACAUGAUCAGCCCCGUACUGUUGAAAUCGACCGUAAAUGCGGCGGCGGCUGAUGGAUACCGAGUAUUUGUUGAAGUUUCUUCACAUCCAAUUGUACUUCAUUCCAUCAAUGAGACCCUGCUUUCAGGCAACCUGGACGAGGAUGAUUUCAUCACUGCAUCAACAAUGAAGAGAGAUACCUCACCUCUUAGCUGUGUCUGGAACACUGUCGCACAACUUUAUGUGAGUGGCGUGGACGUCAACUUCGCAGCACAACUCGGCGAGGAAGGCCAGUGGUGUCAGACGAUACCGGGAACCCCUUGGGUCCACAAACCAUACUGGAAACAAGUUGAGACUGGCCCACUCAACCAGAGCACUACCCACGAUGUUGAGAAGCACACUCUACUCGGCCAGCGCACUACCGUUGCCGGGACAGAUAUCGUAGUGUACGAAACAAAGCUUGACGACAAGGUCAAGCCUUUCCCGGGAACCCACCCGCUGGAUGGCACAGAGAUCAUCCCCGCGGCGGUAUAUAUCAAUACUUUCCGCAAUGCGACUGGGGCCACAGCCCUUUCGGAAAUUAAGCUCAAUGUUCCAGUCUCUAUCAGUGAUGAAACUCGCAACGUGCAGAUUAUUGUUGAGGGCCAACAAAUAAAAGUCGCCUCUAGCACAAUCACGGAAUCAGAAGAUGGCGAAAAGUACUGGGUUGCACACAGCUCAUGCCAAUGGGGCAAGCUUGACGCGGCUUCCAGCGUACCUCAGACUUUCGAUGUUGAGGCUAUCAAAAAGCGCAUCGGAACCCGUCUGCCCAACAGUUUCGCUGUGGACUAUCUCACCAAGAUCGGUGUAGAGGGUAUCGCGUUCCCAUGGCAAGUCACAGAACACUAUGGAAACACGAAAGAAAUGAUCGCUAUGGUUGACAUGGAUCCUGAAGCCCAGGAGCUGAGCUGGGAUCCAAUGUCAUGGGCACCGAUGCUUGAUGCGGCGACAUCGGUUGGAUCAUCAAUAUUUUUCAGUGAACCCAAGCUUCGGAUCGUCUCACAGAUCGAUCGUGUGAGCCUUUACUCAUCAGAACCUCUGCCCAAGAUUUGCUACCUUCUCAUUGAAGAAGGCACUGACGCGCAAAGCCCUGCCUCUCACGUCAGCGUUCUAAGUGACCAAGGCUUGUUAUUGGCCAAGUUCACUUCCAUGAGAUUCUCUGGUGUUGAGGACGCGGUCGGCGCCAGUGGUAGUGUUGACAGCCUGGUACAUCGGAUGGAUUGGAUCCCACCCAAGUUUUCUGAGAAGCCACACCCACUCGUUCAGGUCGCUGUUGUAUCAACCGACCAGGUUGUUGCGAAGCAGUACGUCGAGAAGUUGCAGCUAGGAGCAGACAAGGUCUUCUCGUGUCUCAGCGCAAAGGAUCUGGACAAUCCUGACGUCGUCGCUGCUUUGACCCAAAAGGAUAGUGCAGUCAUCUACAUUCCCGCAACGGUUGGGUCUGUAGAUGACGUGAGUGGCAAGUCCAUGGACUUCAUCUGGGAGACGACUAGCAUUGUCAAGUUCAUCGCUGAAAAGUGCAUCGACACCUGCAGACUAUUCGUCAUUACAGACUCUGUGUUUGCUGGUAAGACCCCGACAGCCUUGGCGCAUGGCGCGUUGUACGGACUUGCACGAAUCAUCGCAUCGGAACACCCAGACCUAUGGGGUGGCCUCAUUGAUAAUGACUCAAGGGAUACUUUGCCAAUGAUAGCCCUGAAGUAUGUGCGAGAUCAAGAUGUCCUGCGCUUCAUUGAUGGUAUGCCCAGACGCGCCAUCAUGAGACCCUUGUUGAGAGGCCAACGCCACGAACCAGAGUCAUCAAUGUCGCUGCUCCCUAAGCCUGAAGGAACUUAUAUCAUUACUGGUGGCCUUGGAGCUCUGGGACUGCAGACUUGCAACUUUUUGAUCGAGAAUGGAGCUCGACGCAUCGUACUGCUGUCUCGUCAAGGAUUGCCCCCUCGCCGAAAGUGGCAGGAGCUGGCUGCGGCUGACGACAAGCUAGCAGCAAUUAUCCAGCGAGUCCAAGACUUCGAGAAAGCAGGGGCUUCCAUCUACCCCGUUGCAUUAGAUAUUGCUGCUCAGGGUGCUUCAGAGAAGCUACAAACGAUCCUCGAAACCCUUAGCUUGCCCCAGGUUCUUGGUGUGGUACAUGCAGCUGGAGUCCUAGAGGAUAGCCUGGUCCUAGAGACAACACGCGAUUUAUUUGAACGAGUCUUGGCUCCGAAAGUCAAGGGCGCACUCACAUUGCAUGAUGCGUUCCCACCCGGCACUCUGGAUUUCUUCGUUCUAUACUCCAGCAUUGGGCAACUUGUUGGUACGGCUGGACAAGCUUCCUACGGGUCUGGAAAUGCUUUCCUGGAUGCACUCGCAACGUACCGACGUGCGCAGGGAGACAAUACUGUCGCAUUCCAAUGGACAGCUUGGCGGGGCUCGGGUAUGGGCACAUCUGAGUUCCUAACCCUUGAGCUGCAAAGUAAGGGCAUCACGGACAUCUCAGGCGAGGAAGCAUUCCGCGCCUGGAAACACUUGAGCCAGUAUGACGUUGACAGCGCCGUUGUCACGCGCUGCCGCACAAUUGAGGAAGACGAGCCUGUUCCAGUAUCGCUGCUUGAAGAUGUAGUGGUGCGAAAGCCCCGGUCUGGAAUCAUUGGUGCUGCCAACGGCGGUUCUGCAGAGGAGGGCACGGGUGGCGUUUCGAAGGACGCCAGGCCCGACUCGCCCCAGGAGCUACAGCAGUGGUUGACAACCAGGAUCCGCGAGUGUAUUGCUUCUGUGCUCAUGAUCACUGAUAUCGAGGAUAUCGACCUACGCAUGCCGGUAUCAGAUCUUGGUGUCGAUAGUGUGAUGACAGUAGCUCUGAGGCAAAAACUGCAGAGUGUGAUGAAAGUUAAGGUGCCGCCGACAUUGACAUGGAACCACCCUACGGUGAACCAUUUGGUGGCGUGGUUCACAACGAAGCUGAAUGAUGGGACAUCAUAA